AUGAUUGUCUCGAUCUUGGCCACAACGGUCUUAUUAGGCGUUCUCGAGGCCGUUUGCCCACUUUCGGGUCGGCCAAGGGGUGAUGACUGCAUCUUCGACCUCGACGUCAAGUUGGGAUUCAUGGAGGCGCGGAAGAUUUGCCGCAGCCUGAAUUCCACCUUGGACAUCUCGCACAAGCAUCGCGACGUGGCUCUGCGAGCGGGAUCACUAUGUCUGGGGCUCGACGCCAAACUGCAACGCUCCGAGAGCCACCACAACCUUGCGUAUCCGGUGGAAGAAGUCUCUGAACCCCGUGUGGAACGCAUCGGAAAUUCGAACCGGGCUUAUCUUGUACCACAAGUCCAGGAUUGCCGGAAGAUGGUUCUGGGUCCAGGAAAAAGCCAAGGUUCCCCUCGUCUGUAUCGGAAGAAACUCUCCGCGCAACAACAACACUUGCAAUACCGUGGGCAGCAUCUCGGAUCCGGAGCCGUACCGUCGUCUGAAGGCUACACAUAUAUGCCCGCCGUGUCCGACAUCGAGCGAAAGCGAGGAAAAAUAAAGCUGACAAUC